GUUUGUAAUGGACCUAUCAGCGAGCGUCUAGCUACGAACAUUCAAAAAGUUCUGUAACUGCCAAAAAACGUUAUACUAGAUCGGCUCCGGGCUUAUAGUGAUUCAGUUUUUCUGUGUGUAUUCGAGGUUGUUUUAGUCCCGCUUACAAAAUGUCGAAAGAGGAAGCCGUCCAAGACAUCAUUCCCGAUAUCAUUUACGACAACAACCUGAAAGUUCGGUACCAGAAAGGCAGAUUCUUUGGCAAGGGUGGCUUUGCAAAAUGCUACGAGAUCACAGAGUCUGUGAAGCAGGUGGCUUUCGCAGGAAAAAUUGUGUCCAAGAAGCUGAUGGUCAAGCAGCACCAGCGGGAGAAGAUGACCCAGGAGAUCAAGAUCCACCAGUCGCUGAAUCACAAGCAUGUAGUUGGCUUCCACAACUUCUUCGAGGAUCAAUACAAUAUUUACAUAGUGCUUGAGCUGUGCAGGAGAAGAAGUAUGAUGGAGCUGCACAAGAGAAGAAAGAUUAUAACUGAACCUGAAACUAGGUAUUAUAUGAAACAAAUAUUGAGUGGAGUCCACUAUCUGCAUAUAAACAACAUAAUUCAUCGCGAUCUCAAGUUGGGUAAUCUGUUUUUGAACGAUUUCCUGCAAGUGAAAAUUGGUGACUUUGGGUUAGCCGCUAAAAUUGAGUAUGAUGGUGAGCGGAAGAAGACGCUCUGCGGAACGCCAAAUUACAUCGCACCGGAGAUCCUCAACAAGAAGGGGCAUUCCUUCGAGGUGGACAUUUGGUCGAUUGGAUGCAUUAUGUAUACGCUGCUGAUCGGACGGCCGCCCUUCGAGACAAGCAGUCUUAAGGAAACUUACUCGAAAAUCAAGAAAUGCGAAUACAAGUUGCCACCAAAAAUUUCUAAUUCGGCGAAGGAGAUGAUCGUGACGAUGUUGCAGGGUGAGCCCAGGUACAGGCCGAAAAUUUCGCAACUGCUCGAGCACGAGUUCAUAGUUGUUGGAUACACGCCGUCCAAGCUGCCGGUGAGCUGUCUGACGAUGGCACCCAGAUUCGACCAGGUCGUGGACACGAGCACAAGGAAACCACUCUCCGAGAUGAACAACGGCGACGAGAUGAUGGUGGAUUCGCCCGCGAAGAUGUCGCGAAAUUCCAUAGCGGCGGGGGCGGCGAUGAACCAGAAGUCCUCGGACAUCAAGGCGUUCGAUGCCAAGGACAACUUCAUGACGUUGAAGCGGAUGCUCGCAGAGGUGAUCAAGUCGCAGCCGACGAAGAAAGUGUGUCGUUUUGGUGACGAGAUGUCCGAUCCUGCCGCACAGCCGCUGAUCUGGGUAUCCAAAUGGGUCGACUACUCGGACAAGUACGGUUUCGGGUAUCAGCUGUGCGACGAAAGUGUCGGUGUUAUGUUCAACGACACGACCAAACUCAUCAUCCUUCCCAACGGAUUCAACGUCCACUACAUUGAUAAGGACGGCGAAGAGUCUUACAUGACGAAAGGUGAUUAUCCGAAGACCCUCGACAAGAAGAUGAAACUGUUGUCGUACUUCAACAGAUACAUGAGGGAGCAUCUGAUGAAGACGGGAGCCUCGGUCGUCCGAGAAAACGACAACCUCUCGCGUAUUCCUCAUCUCCACCAAUGGUGCCGGUCCACAUCAGGUGUCUUAAUGCAACUGAACAACGGAUCCGUGCAGAUAAACUUUAGUGAUCAUACGAAGAUAAUAAUGUGUCCACUGAUGGCAGCGAUAAGUUACAUAGAUGUGGACAAGUCCUUCCGUACGUUUAGGUUUAAAUCCAUCGAGGCUAAUGGCUGCACAACAGUAUUGUAUGAUAAGAUUCGGUACGCUUACGAUAAGCUCACAGUGUUGCUCAACGAAGAGAACAAAGGCACAGCAUAGUAAUAGUUCACACGUUCAUAUUGCAUAUUUAUACAUCAUUAUUAUUAUUAAUAUUAUUAUAAUUAUAUUAUUUUCUUUUUGCUCAUCGCUAUUUUCUUAAUACCAACGGAAAUAAUAAGGAAAAAGUUUCGUUUGUUUUAGUACAUAUAUGCAAGAAUCCGGAAGACUUUGUUCGACGCGCGUCGGUAUUAAAUUGAAUUUCUUUCUUGCAUAUCUUUGGCAAACGAUCGUAAUUACAACUGCGUACGUAUAUGGUUAUGGUGAUUUGUAUAAAUACGAUUUUUAAUUGUUUAGGUAAUUUUGUUUUUUCCGUUGCUGUGAAAAAGCAGGGAAAAAGUACUGUUUAUAUAUUAUAUACUACUACAUACAUAAUAUUGACAUAGAAUUGAUUUUCCCCACGUCUAAUUUUAUUUUAUUUUUUAAAUUUUUGUUCAACACAUAUAGAAUAGAUCUGCAAGGCGUUGCGAUUUGUACAGAAUAGCUUAUUCGCGAAGUAUAGAUAAUUGUAGAUUUUUAAGAUAUUAAGACGAAUUAACGAAUCAGGAGACCUGACUGACGUAUGCCAUUUCCAGACUCUUGUUUAACUCUUAAGUGUUAUUGUUUCGGAGCAGUGUGUUUAAUAAAGACUUCAUUUAAUUUGUAUAA